UCGUCAUUCGCGCCCCCGAUAAAACGUAAAAGCGCCUGCGCAUGUAACGUCACGUUCGCGCUACGUAUAAUCCACGUCUAAACAAAAAUUUAUUUAGCAACCGGCAAGUCAAUUUAAUUAGUUAUAAUGAGUUCUUGGAUACAAUAUAUCAAAUCUAUUCCAACGCAUAUGGACUAUGAUGGCCAAGCUCGAUCAGAAAGUUUGUCAAGAGUCAUUAUAACAUUAUUUGGGGUGGUUGGAUUAAUUUGGGGAUAUGUUAUUCAGCAAUUUUCGCAAACAAUGUACAUAUUAGGAGCAGGAUUUGUAUUGGCAGCUAUAAUUACAGUACCACCAUGGCCUAUGUAUCGCCGUAAACCUUUAGAUUGGCAAAAACCACAAUCUGAGGUUACAGUUAAACAGAAAAAGAAGAAAUAGUUUUCUAUUAUUUAUAACUAUAUUUAACAAUACUUUGUUAUAAAGUGUUACAUAAUAAUAUUUGUUGGUGCGAAACAUAUACAUAUUUAUAUCUUAUUAUUUUUCAUGGAAAAACAUGUAAUAACUAUAAUUGUAUAAUUUAUGAAAAAGAACUGCAAUAAGAAAUAUUAUUUCUUAUAUAUAUAUAUCUUUUAUGAAUGUAUCACUUACUUUUAUGAAUUAUAUUAAUAUCUGUGAGAUUUUAAAAAAUAUUACAAAAUAGAUUUUUAAUCGUUUAAUGUUCGUGCCAAAUUAAUAUUCGAUUUUUGAAAAUGAGAAUUAAAAUAAAAUAGUAUAUAUUUACAUUACAAAGAAUCAUAUUAACAUUUCGUAAUCUCAACGCAUCGAUUUUUUCAUUCCAUUGCAAUACUGUCGUAACAUGGCGACGCCCUUGAGACAUUUUAGAAUCUUGUUUCGAAUUCCGCGCAAGCAGAAACGCGGAUAGAUUUAUACAUGCAUGUGAUCAGUAAACAAUUUCUCCUUUAGAAUUGUUACAGCAAUCAAUGACUAAAUAUUGCAUGCCAUUGCAAAACUAGAAAUGCGUUUUCUAAAUGUACAAUGACAUAUGACUGUCACCAUAUAAAAAUUGA